AUGUCGCAGCCGGCUCCUCUUCCGGGUGGCCUCAACCGGUCUCCGUACUCGGCAGUCAAGGUGCUGAUGAUCUGCUGGAAGGACUCGGCACAAAAUCAGUUCAAACAGCAGUUGAAGAGCCUAGCUAAGGAACUGUUGGCAUACAACUUCCAUGUACAGGAGUACGAAAUCGAGUCCAAAAAUCCCCAGCAAACCCUCACUGCAGAACUUUUGUCCUUCUUGGGUCAUGAUAAGCCGCACACGCUCCUGAUCAUCUAUUACGGCGGCCACGGCCUCAACAACAAGGACAAAGAUUGCAUUUGGUUGCGGUUAGUAUCCAAUAUCUUUCAAUCCUUUGACGACUAG